AUGAACCCAGCGAAGACUGUGGGGAUCCUCGGUGGAGGCCAAUUGGGGCGCAUGUUGACCCACCCGGCUGCAUUACUUGGAAUACCACUGAUCAUUCUUGAUUCUGGAUCCUAUACACCGGCAAAGCAGACUCUCCUUCCACCUCAAAACACAUCUCAUCUCGAUGGACCUUUCACAUCUGAAUCCCAUAUUCGAGAGCUCGCGAAGCAAUGCGAUCUACUCACUGUCGAAAUCGAGCAUGUCAAUGCCGACGUCUUGGAACAAGUUGAACGGGAGGGAUUGUGUGAGGUCCAGCCGAGUCCCGGUACGAUCCGUUUGAUCCAAGAUAAGUAUCUUCAAAAGAAGCAUUUGGCUGCGAAAGGGGUACCUGUAGCGCCUUUUGAGGCGCUUCCAGCAGACCCGACGGAGGAGGAUGUCAGAAACGUGGUGCAAAGAUUAGGGACGCCAGUCAUGCUCAAAGCUAGGACAUUGGCUUACGACGGGCGGGGCAACUCGCCAUUGAAAGAAGUGGAAUCGACUUCUAUCAAGGCUUCGUUGGAGUUCUUGGGCGAUCGACCACUCUAUGCCGAGGCUUGGGCGCCGUUCGUCAAAGAAGUAGCAGUCAUGGUCGUUCGGAACAAGGAGGGGGAAGUCAGGAGUUACGACGCAGUGGAGACUAUGCACAGGGAUAGUAUUCUAAGAGUGUGUCUGGCGCCUUUGAGGGCAGGUGGCAUGGAGGGUGUCAAUCUCAGAGCUAGAGCGUUGGCUGAAAAGGCCGUCAGCACGCUCGAGGGCGCAGGUAUCUUUGGGGUGGAAAUGUUCUUGAUGGCCGAUGGAACACUUUUACUCAACGAGAUUGCUCCUCGACCACACAACUCUGGACACCAUACCAUCGAGGCAUGCCACACGUCUCAAUUCGAGAAUCAUCUCCGGGCCAUUCUCUCUCUACCACUUGGCUCAACGUCUCUUCGUGUUCCAUCAGCGGCCAUGAUCAAUAUUCUCGGCUCAUCAUCAUCAAUGGAUCCGGUGCUCAAGACGGCUGAGGCUGCGAUGUCCGUUCCAGGCGCCAAUGUCCACUUGUAUGGCAAGACGGAAUCUCGGAAAGCCAGAAAAAUGGGACACAUCACCUUGACGGCAUUGACAGAUGCUGAACUCUUCACCCAUCUUCGAACACUUCUUCUCGCUCAACCUGAUGCCAGUGUCUCAUGGAUCGAUCCCAUUGCUCCAGAGCCAAAGUCGGGACAUUCUCAUGCGCAUCCUUUGGUCGGUAUCAUCAUGGGUUCUGACUCGGAUCUUCCGACCAUGCUCCCCGCCACUAAAAUUCUGGACAACUUUGGUAUCCCGUACGAGUUGACGAUCACCUCAGCUCAUAGGACGCCAGAGCGUAUGGUACGAUAUGCCAGGUCAGCCGUCAGUAGAGGACUACGAGCUAUCAUAGCUGGAGCCGGAGGGGCGGCUCAUCUCCCUGGCAUGGUCGCUAGCGAGACGGCUGUUCCGGUCAUCGGUGUGCCCGUCAAGGCCAGCGUACUUGAUGGUGUCGAUUCUCUCUAUUCGAUUGUUCAGAUGCCUCGAGGCAUACCCGUCGCAACUGUCGGCAUCAACAAUUCUACUAAUGCCGCCCUUCUCGCCAUCCGUAUUCUGGGCACAGCUUCACCUGCACUUACAGCAGAGAUUGAAGCUUACGCCAAGAGCUUGGAGGAGGAAGUCUUGGGCAAAGUCGAGACCUUGGAGCAGGAGGGUUGGGACAAGUAUGUCGAGAGGUUGAAGAAAUAG